CCCGCCGCCGCCGCCAUGUGGCCCCCAGACGCCGAUCCGGACCCCGAGCCUGCAGGCGGCGCUCAGCCCAGCCCGGCCGCCGCGGGGCUCCGCGCCCUCCUGCCGGCUCGCGCCUUCCUCUGCUCGCGCAAAGGCCGCCUCCUGCUGGCCGAGUCGGGUCUCUCGUUCAUCACCUUUGUCUCCUAUCUGGCGUCCUUGGAGACCACCUUCUUCACGGCACCCCUACUGGAGUUUCUGCUGGCCCUCUUCUUCCUCUUUGCUGAUGCCAUGCAGCUGAAUGACAAGUGGCAAGGCUUGUGCUGGCCCAUGAUGGACUUCCUGCGCUGUGUCACGGCGGCCCUCAUCUACUUCGCCAUCUCCAUCACGACCGUCACCAAAUACUCCGACGGGGCUUCCAAAGCAGCCGGGGUGUUUGGCUUCUUUGCCACCAUCGUGUUUGCAAUUGACUUCUACUUGAUCUUUAACGACGUAGCCAAAUUCCUCAAACAAGGGGACUCCACGGACGAGACCCAGGCAGGGACCAGAUGCUCCCUCCCAAAGUGGCCAGAGGAAGAAGGUGACAAAGCAGUAGAAGAGGAUUCUGACUGUGACUCCGACUGAAGGCCUGUCCAUGCUGGGCAAGCCAAGCCCCCCGGGGCCUUCACUCCUGCACCUCCUGCCUGAGCUGGCUGGCAGUGUGGCCAGGGAACACUGUUGGAAGGAGUCUGUGACUUCUCGAGCAGCAGCAGGAGAUGCUGACAGUGGGCCUCUCCACAGCCUCAAGGUGUAUGUUCUGGAGUCUGGUAUACAAGACCAUACCCCUUGACUUAGCACUAUUUAACCACUCUGCAUAUGAGGGCAUCUUGACUAUUCCAGCCCUCAACCCAUUUCUGUCCCAUGGACUUUACGCUGUUUAACCUCUCUGCCAAAGACAAGCACAAGGAAGCAAAGCCUCACAUCUUCGCCAAUGCUCAGAUUCUGGUGUCAGAUGGAGCCUUAUAACCAUCUGUCACAGUGAGCAUUUCAUGCUGCAAGGUGGAGCAGAAGGGUAGGGACUGCGGGGAGGGAUGCUGGUCUGUUCACAAAUGGGAACAUAGAAGACAGAAUCCACGGCAGGGCCAACCCACCAGGCCCCAGUGGCUCCUGACGCUUGUCUGCAUUUGACACACCUGCUCAGCUAGGCACUUUGUCGAGAAUGAUCCCAGGUCUUCCCUCUUCCUUCUUGAAGCUUCUCAUCUAGGAAAGAGUGGGUCUCAGCGCCUAUAACUGACACCCUCACCCUUGGAGAUGACAUGUCUUCUUUGGGUGAGAUGGCUAUUAUGGGUCUAAGGCUGUUUCAAAGAAAAGAUCAUCGACUAGCUGACCAGGUCCAAAAGACAGAGGGUCCCAAAUGCUGUAAUAGCAGGGGCACUGUCCUGGGCAGCUGGGCAGGCCCAGCCACACCCUCUCUUCUCCUGGGAGAGAAGUUCUCAGGAUGCUAAGGACAAUGUACUUCUAGACACCAGAGCAGGUCUACUGACCAUCUCGGAGAGAUGAGAUGAGCCUUCUGUGUCACCUAAGGACUUAAAUACUGUGUACGUGUCCUCAGUGGGAUUUUGUAACUUUAUAUAAUUUUUUUUAUACAAAAGCAGCUUCUUAACAAAUGGCAUUUCCUGUGACCCAAGGGGCCUUGUGAAUGAGCCAGAGUUCUGGGCCUGGGUUUUGGGCAUUUGUAGCCUUGUUUCUCUCUUGCAUGUGAAUCUCCUACUCCGAAAAAAUCAUACUGGAUUAAACCAGACUGACUACCUACUUGUGGCAGGGGGUGGCGGGGUGUAUGUGUGCAUUUGAGAAGAUCUUACCCACCUGGAGGAAUAACCGUAUGGUGUCAGGACCACUUUCAUGCUUCAGCAGAAACUGGGAACACGUGGUGUGAAUCCCUACAGCUUUAGGUUUUAGCAACAACCCAGGAGCACUUACUCUGGGCCAGACACUGGGCUAAGCAUCUGACAUGCAUUCUCUUACUGAAUCCUCUUGCAGUCCUGUUAGCAAAGGUCAGGUGACUUGCCCAAGUCACCACAGCCCUUGGAGGAGGGCCAGGGCCAUCUCACUUAGGUAUCAGGGCACCGUCCCUGGCAGCCUCUCAGGCAGCCAGAACCUGGGGCUCU